UGCCUUCCUUGACAGUGUUCAGUGUUAGUUCCACGGCGCCUGCGCGCAGCCGACUAGUCUAGUAUUAACAGUAUUUAUGGCAGUGGUGACAAAAACGUGUGGUGACUUCCAUUGUACGAGGAACCGAGGAUGUACGCGGUCUACGCAACAUGGCUGGACAGUGAAAUCAACAUGUGAUUGCCUCAAGACCCAACUAUGCACACUGGCUGUCUCGCUUACUCUGUUCAACAUCGCGCGGUUGCCGCGAGAGGCGUUCAAGUAUGGAGCGGUUCCGUACCUGGUGGUGUACACAUUCUGGCUGCUGCUGGUGGGAUUCCCGACGAUCCUGCUGCAGCUGGCGAUGGGACAGCUGAGCAGACAGGAUGCUAUUGGAGUUUGGAGGGCAGUCCCUAUUUUGAGAGGAGUGGGACAUCUGAAAGUGCUGACGUCAUACCUAUGCUGUGUGUACAACAUCCUGUACAUAGCACUGUCAUUGGCCUUCUUCAUAUGGCUUGCGAAGGGUUCAUUGCCAUUGAGAGAUUGCACGAAGUUACAUAUAACUCCUCACGGAUACGAGAAUAAAAUGAGCGCAGCUGAAUGUUUCAAUGCAACCUUUCUGUCACCAUUCACGGACAACCCACAGUACUUCGGGAUCAUGGCAAUUUUAACAUUCGUUUUAUGGUUCUUCGUGCCACUAUUAUUAUACCGGCUACAGAAGUCCUUACGAGCAUCGCUAUCAAUAUUAGCCACAGUAGUUGUGAUACUAGCCGUUGUAUUAUGUGUAUUCCUCUCAAAGCUGCAGUCACUGAGAUCAUUAUUCGAGUCCUGCACGAAGUGGGGACCGGUGACCCACCCGAGGAUAUGGCACAGCGCGUUGAUACAGGCGUUAUUAUCCACUCAUAUCACGGGUGGAUUUCUCGUGAGCGCGGGUGGAAAAAUUUAUAGGAAUUCUGAUGUCAGAUGGACAUGUACCUCAAUAACAAUCACAAACAUCAUGUCUGGUUGGGUAUGGAUUCUGAUCUGGGAGUCGGUGUUAGGAGACGAGAAGACAGACACGAGCUACAUCUCGAUUCUAGUAUCAAUAUAUCAGGCGAGUGUGGGGAGGAGGCUGAAGGAGUGGCCAAUGCUCGCUUUUGGAUUGGUCGUGGUGUCCGGCAUGAUCACUGUGCUGACAUUACUAUUCCCCGUUUACGACAAAAUCCAAAGGAUCAGUAGCAUCAACUGGAGACUGUUCGCGGCUGCGUCCUCAGCCAUCGGAACCGUCCUGAGCGUGGCUGUUCUAGCCAGAGGUCUAGAAGUAGCUACGGUAUUGGAUGAUCUAGUGAUUCCGAUAUUAGCUGUUUUUACUACUGCGGUAGAGAUUGUUGGAUUCGUCUUUAUUUAUGGGUGGUUCAACUUAUCGGUCGACAUAGAAUUCCUCACAGGCACCAAGUUGGCAUGCAAUUGGAUUGGCAUCUGGUGCGUCAUACCCAUCGUCCUCCUGGGCGUCACAGGCUGGUGGCUGCGAAGCAUGCUCCGAGUGUCGAGCCACUAUCAGCUGUGGCCUCUGCUAAUAGUUCUGAUCGUGAUCAUAAUCGUGAUGGUCGUGGUGGCUGCCAUUGCUGUGGCUAAGGAAGAACAGUAUAACUUCAUUGCGAAAUUGGCAUCAGCAUUCAGAUCAUCCAGGCUGUGGGGUCCAGAAGAACCAAUGUCCAGAUAUAUUUGGAUGUCGAAACGAUAUUCAACUGACGUACAAUAUUCAGAAUACAAUAGUAAUUCUGAACCAAACUAUUCUCAAAUGAUAUUUAACAGAGGCAACGAAAAAAGAUACGACGACGAAUGGAUGAAAAUCAGUGACGCAUACCAAAAAAACUAUAUAUAUUCUACAAAUAAUGACAUAUUUAACGAUAUGAGAUAUAAAGAACCAGGAAUAUAUACAACAUAUUCCAUACAAAAAGGCAAAAGAAAGAAAAAAGACUUAGAAAAGUUCCGGUCACCAAAUAUAUGUGUAGCCAAAGAUCAAUUAGGUGGUUCUGUAAAAUGUAACUGUAAUAGGCAUUUUCAAUUGAAUGUACCAGAUCUGAGAAAAACAGAAGUGACAACUAGUCUAUGAGAUCAACGAUCAAAGCUAAAAAACAGUGGUAUUAUAAUAUUUAUUAUCUACAUCAGUAACAUAAACUAAUGAAGUCGAAUCAAAGUGUCAAUACGUACAACGAUGUGUUUUGCCUAGUCGCCUAAUUUAUUAUAAUCGUGAUAAAAUAUUAAAUUCAUUAAUGUUA